AUUGCCUUGGAAACCGAAAUGGCCAAGCCAGGCUAUUGGCACCUUAUUGAUUGAAUGAAGAAGGGGGAAAGGUGAAACACCCCAGUCAAGAUGGGUGUUGACUGGGAGUACCUGCGGGGGGUGACGGGUGAGGCAGGGGAGUGGAGAGAGGCAGACCUGGAGGAACUCUAUCAGAGUCUUGCUGGUGUAACAAAAUUACGACCAAGAGACAAGACGCCAGAGAAACUUGAGUUGCUGUUCACUCUAACCCAGGCAGUGAUGAUGACCAAAUACGCACAGGUUGUGACUUUGGAGGAAGAGGUCGGUCGCUUGGCAGAGUCGGCAGGUCGUGGAGAUGCCCAAAGAGAGCAAGAGCUACAAGCUGAGAUUAAGCACCUGAAAAAAUUACUGAAAAGCAGCCAGACGUCAGAAGCUGCCCCUGAUGAUGAUGUUCCUUAUGAUUGGUCGAGUGGCUGGAGAAUUAAGAAGAAGGAGAUGGAGGAAGCUCUGCUAAGGAAAAAUGAGGAAAUCCAGCAGUUCAUGGAUGACUUACAGUCCUGUGAGAAUGAACGUGCUUCACUCCGUAUGACAGUGAUGGAGUUAGAAGAUCGUUUAGCCGAUGCAACAAAGGAGAUAAAUAGCAUAACAUCAGAUUAUAUAAAUGUCAAGGAGUCCAAUAACCAUGCUCAAGAGAGUCUAUCCAUUAUUCGAGAAGAAGUUAAGGGUCUCCAUUGUCAAGUUGAAGAACUGGCAGCGGAGAAAAGAUUUGUGCAGGAGAAAUAUGAUGAACUCAGCACUGCUGUUGAUGCUCGAGUUGAUCAGCUGAAGGUUGUUAUCAGUCAACGUGAAGAGGAGCUGCAGAGGGUGAAGGCCCAGCUGUUCCAGAGGAGUAACUUGGGUCCUUCCUUCCAGCAGGCUCAGAGUGACAUGUCCCAGAUACUUCGCUUGGAACAGGAGGUAAAGGAGAGGGAUGAAGAAAUUACUCGUCUCAGUCAGCAGUUAGCUGAAGCCACUCAGGAAAUUGAGUCGAGUGCUGUGAUUAUAAACAAACUCAAGAAGAGUCGAGUUUCUGCAGUGGAAGGCGAUGCUGCUGUAAUAAACCAGCUGCGUGGAGAGCUGCAUGAGGCACAGCAGCAAGUGCAGCAGAUGCGGACACAGCUCUUGGCCGCGGAGGAAGAUGCCCAGCUCCAUGCUCAGGAUCUCUCGACAGUUAUUGGGGAAUUGCAGUCGUACAUGGCUGGCGAGUUCUCACUGGCUGAUGCUGUGAGGGAGUUGAAGGAAGCAAGGAGUCAGGUCCGCAUCAGGGACUCCCAGAUCACGCAGCUUACAGCCCUAGCCAAUACUUUGCAGAUUAACAUUAACGAUCUGCUGGAGGAAAAUGGUAGUCUCAGAGAACAACUGAAACUAGAGCCUCGUGAGGACAUAGAUAUCCCAGGUGUUAAGAAAACUGAUUGGCAGAAUAGUAAAAAGAUCAUUGACCAGCUCACCAAUCAGGUCAACCGACUCCAGGAAGAGAAGGUCAAUCUGCGAACAAAGGUCUUUGAGUUAACCAGGGAGCUCUCCAAUGCUAAGGGGUCUUUGCAACUUACAACACUGGAAUUGCCAAGACAGUUUGCAUCAGGACAAACAUCAAUGCUACAAACAACACAACCCCUUGAAGAACAGUUAAGCCAUCUGAGUGCAGCUGUUGCCCAGCUGGUGCAGGGUCAACAAGAGGGACCUGUUGAUGACCAGCUACACCAGAAAAUGGAAGCCCUCAAGGAAAAGUGCUUAAGGUUAGAGCUGGAGGGAGAAAGCUCCUCCUUGGAGAAGAUAGUGUUUAGAAAGGCCAGCGAUGGCAAAAGAAGAGGUCCGAUUCAGCGACAAGGACUCAGAGCUCCAGCUCAGUCCUUGAGCCUAAGAGAGAGAUGCCGAGAGGAAAGAGAAUCUGGCAAUUCAUAUCCUUACCUACAUGUAAUAUUGCAGUUUGCUAAAGAUCGGGAUGAAUGGCAGGCCGAGAGAAAGUCGCUAGAAGAAUCUAUAUCCCAGCUGGAGGAAACAGUGAAAGCGGAAAGAGCACGCACAGAAGAGCUUAAUUCGACCAUUGAUGCCAUUUCAUCCAGCCGGGGAGACGUUGAUGGGAAGCUUGCAAAGAGGACGGCAGAACUGAGGUAUGAUUUGGCCAUAACAAAGAGAUUGAGCAGUAACCAGGGGAAGGAAAUCACAGCCUUGCACAACAGAAUGAGAGAAAAGAAUGAAGAACUACAGCAACACGUUCUUCAGAACAAACAGGCAAGGAAUGAAAUCGAGCAAGAGCAAGGGCUUUUGAAGCUCCGCGUGCAGCAGCUGGAGGGGGAGCUCGACCAGAUGGUGCCCAGAACUGUGGCCGAUCAGACUUCUGCCCAAAUGGCUGCCAUCACUGCCAAAUAUAGAGCUCUGUUGCAAGAUCAGGCUCGCAUGAGAGCAGCUGAGUCAACUGGAAAGUGCGAGGGAGAAGGUCCACUUCAGGCUUCCCUAAACCUCGUUGGGGCUAAUGUCACCAACGUGCAGGUGGAGGUACUAUCCAAGCAAUUAGCAGCUGUGGAACUUCGAGAAUUACGCGAAAAACAGAAGGCAGAACAUGCAACCACGAUGUUCCAGAAUGUCAAGAAGGAGUGUGAUGAUCUGUACCAAAGAGUGAAGGAGCUACAGAACACAGUGGACACCAUCUCUAAGAUGAACAGCACCCUACAGAUGACAGAAACAGAACUACGAUGCCAGCUACAGAGUGCUGUGUCUCGUGAGGACUACGAGAGAGUAACUCAGCACUCGCAGCAAGUCAUUGAGGAGAAGGCUAAGCUAGCUCUUGAUGUGAAACGAUUACAAGGUCUGCUCGAGGUUAACACUUACCAGAUGAAGCAAAGGGAAUUCGUAGAAGCUGUUGACCGAGAAGAAAUGGAACAGCUGAGGCAGAAGGCACAUGACUUGGCAGCCAUCAGUGAGGAACGAAUGAAGAUAGGUGAGCUCCACCAGGAUAUUGUCUGUCUCAAAGUUAAGAAUUUGGAAUUGAUAGCAACACAGGAGGAAGCCAAGGUAGCAAAUGAAAAACUUUCCAUUGAAAUAUCCCGUUUGAGACAGCAGCUACGAGAUCGUGAUAGGCUGUUGGAGACAGCAACAGACUCCAGCCGUUCACGUGCCACAAGGUUACAUGUCAUCAUUAGAGAUCUGAGGCAACAGUAUGCGGGUGCUAUACCCCUGCACCAGCAAGAGCGCUUGGUGGAUUUGAUGGAGACGCUGAAGCAGGAGAGGAAUGCCUUACAAGUGGCCCUCCAGAAGGCCCAACAUGAUAAGAUGGAGGCUAAGGUUACCCUCAGGCAGCUGAAAAUCAAGCAAGAGGCCCUUGAUGAGCUCAAGACAGCCCUCACCUCCCCCAAGUCCACAAAGCAUGUCGCCGAUUGGUGCAGCAAGUUAGAGGAGGCCAAGCAGCGCAAUGUGGAGCUUGAGGAGAAGACUCAGAUGCUGGAGGAAGAGAGAGCAUUGACUCUGGUGAGACUGGAAGGCAAGGAGAGGAAACUCUCAGAGCUCUACUCCCAGAUUGCCAGUGUGGAGAAGAUGUGGAUGGACGAGCAGCUGGUGUGGGAGGAGAGGGAGGCUGAACUGACGCGGGCUUUGGAAAAGCAUGAAACAAGGCACCAAGAAGCCUUGUUGGGAAUGAAGACCCUGGGCUUCCAUGACCUGCCUGACCAAAAGCUGCCUCUCUCCAAGCAGCUGGAUCAGGCACAAGACAUGCUGCGUAGUAAGUCCACUCUCAUUGAAAGGAAGGAAAAGGAACUGGAAGAAUGCCAACUAAAGGUAGAAAAGUUAACUAAGGAUCUAAGAGAGAAAGAAGUAGCUGUUAUUGCACGUGAGAAAAUUAUUAAUGACUUAAGAUUGCAAGGAAGCAGCUUGAAGAAGCCAUGGACUCCAAGAUCAAUAAUUCAAGAAAGUGAGGAGCAAGAGAGACCUAAAGCAUUGCCACCUGAGGAGGAGAGCAUCAAGAUAGUUGUGGAAGGGCUGAAGGAACGUCUGCGCUUGAGUCAAGAGGCUGUGAACCAUUAUCAGGACCUGUUGGCUAAGUCACAUAAGGAGCAACAGCAGCAGGUAGCAAAACAGAAAGAAGAGUACAUCCUUCUGGCUCAAGAAAGAGAUGAGCUGGUUGCAAAACUCAGGGACUUACAGUCCCAGCUUGACUCCAUUCCAACACGUGACACAGGAUCACAUGCUCUAAAUGAAGCGCAGACUGCUCAGAUUCACAGCCUGGAAGAUGUGAUUAAGACACUUGAGACUCGCCUUGAGGAGAGCAAGAGUCAACUGAUGGUGUCUGAAGGAAAGGUGAUGCAUCUUGAAAGGGAGCUCACUGUCUCACGUCAUGAGCAUUCUGAAGAGAGAGAGCACCUAGAAGUGUCAGGGCAAGUGAAGGCACAGCAGCAUCAGAGGGAAGUUGAUCGACUGUUGGGUGAGAUUAACAAUAUUCGACGAGAAAGGGAUGAGCUCCGGAAAGAGGUAGCUCUUCUCAAGGAAUCUGCAAACCGAACCCCAUCUGUAAUCCUGAGGACUUUGGUAGAGAAGUUGCGAGACCAACUCAUUGAGAAGGAGAAGCAGGUUGCUAAAUUGUCUCAAGCAGUACAGGAUAUGAAGGAGAAAAUUAUGUUAAAUGAUGAUAAGCAAGAAAAUACAGUGAGAGAUGAAGAAAAGGAACCAGUUAGCAUUGAAAAAGAGGUUGCUCAAGCCACAAGUCGGGCCACUGAAACUAUAAAGUCUGAGCUAAAGAAGGUACAUGAGGCCAAAAAAGAACUUGAACAGAAGCUCCAGAAUCAGACCAUGCAGAUAUCUUCUUUGAAGGAAAAGAACAGUGAGGAAAUUGAUAAACUGAAUGUAGAGCUCAAGACCUUAAAAGCACAAAACCUAAAGCUUGAAAAACAAAUGCUGCAACAAAAGCGAGCAAACGGCACAAUGAAGCAAAAACUAGAAGAUCUUGAAGGGAAAUCCCCAUUGUCAAUAGCCAGAGCUAUUGAGAAUUUGCGAGAAAAGCUAGAGAAAAUGAAUGCCACACAUGAAAUUGAAGAGAAUGAGGCCAAAAAGACACAGCAACAAGAACAGAUCAUUCGCUGGGAAGAGAGAAAGAAGUUGAAGGGAACAAUGGACAAGCUGAAGACCAGAGUAAAGGAACUGGAAGAGGCCCAAGGCAUGAGCCAGAAGAAGUUGGAAGCCAGCAAGGAUUUGCUCAGUCGAGUUGAAAAGGAGAAGCUGAUUGUGCAGCACAAGCUUAACACCAUGAGCAGAGUAUCAACUGAGCAGAUGUGUGGUGUUUGCUUGAAGGCUCUAAAUCCAAUGGAGAUGGGGAACAUAUCUACAACCCCAGAUGUUCCUCCUGCACCACGCACAAGCCGUUCAACAAGCAGGUCAAGGAAAAACAGAGUGAGCCCCUCUCCAGACAGGAGGGAGGGAGGAGUAGUUAGCAGGGUUCCUCCAAGAAGUCCAAAAUUGGUUAAGAAGACCCAAACAGAUCAAGAUGAAAGUGAAGUUCAGUUUCGAUCCCAGCUCAAACAGGCCUUAGAAGAAAAGCACAAACUGGAGACACGAUUAAAGGGUGCUAUAGAGGAGAUAACAGCCCUAAGGGUUAGGCUGCAGCAGAAGGAAGAGGAAGAAGAGAGGUUGAUAGUGGAUAGAAGCAGCCCGAUUGCCAGACGUGUAGGAGGGGCCGCAGUUGUAUUGGAAUAUGAGUCUCGAAUAGCUUCUCUGGAGGAAGAAGUGCGGCAGAAGACGCGCUUACUGGCUCAUGUAAAACAGGUUGUACGUGAAGCAGCUGCCAGGGAAGAAGUCCUUGUGGGAGAGAAGGAAGCCUUACUACAAAAAGUGACUUUGUUGGAAAGUGUUUCAGAAGACACUCCUGCUGCCCAUCUUGUUCAUGAGCUCCGCCAGGCCAAGCUGACAGUCAACAGGCAGCAAAGGCUAUUAGAGCAUAUGCAAGGAAAGUCAUGAGUGUAUAAAAAGGAAUUUUGGGUGAUCUCAUUUCUCAGAAAUAUGACAAGUGCUGAUCACUUUAAUCCAAUGAGUAAGCUAUUUUCUGAAAGUCUGCCAUUUCCAUUCCUUUGAUAUAUGUAGUCUAUGAAGACAUAAAAAUAAUACAUUUAUGUAUAUAUUCAUAUCAGAAAAGAAAUAUGUUCUAAGAAAAUUUACAGCAAGUAUAAUUUCAUUACUAUUUACACUGGACUAUUUUAAAGAUCUAGUUAUAUAUGCCAAAAUAUUUGGGAAGUCAAAUUAUUCUUUGAAUUUUACCAUUGCCUUGCAGGUAUUAACAUACUAUUGCACUCUUAUUUACUAUUAACCUGAAAACGAGUAUGUAAAGUAUUAUUUUAAUUAUUUAUGAUAUUCCUGAAAUGAAAAUGAUUACAGAUUUUUGUAAGAUAUGGUAUUGCUCAAAACCACAGUCAGAGUUCUUGACAGUAUCCUCUCUUUUUUCUACUUUAAUAUAAUGGCUGUAGCAGUAGGAACAAAGGUUUUAAGCCAUGCUGGUUUAGAUCGUGAAGAAAGAGCGAAAAUGAAGCUGCUUUUGCCUGUAAUUGUGUAGAUGCAGUAAACUAAAAAGAAAGUACAAUUACUAAUGGUUGCUAGAAAUCUGAUAGACUUCAAGACGAUAGUCUGUUGGCUUAAUGAGAGUAUUAGUUUUGUGUAACGUACGAAAAGGCUGAAUUCAAUGCAGAAAUAAUAUCCUGCUUUUCGGUAUAUUUGAAAGCUUUGAGAUUAAAAGGGAUUAAACAAGCUUGCAGUUCCCGUGAUUUUAAGAAACUGCUUCGUAUUUUCAUUUAUGAAUUUUGAAGUGUAUUUUUUUUCUUAAAUGCAGUUAUAGCACAUUACUGCAUUUCUAUUCUGUAGGGAAAUACGUGCUAUUCUCUUUAGUGCUGUUGGGAUUUCUAUUUUUGAAACUUUGAAGUUUCCAGGGAGUUUUAAGGUCCGAAAAAUAUUUUUUUGAAAGAGAAUAUAUUUUUUAGAUAGUUUAGAUCUGACGAACUAAGGAAUAUAUUUGAAUGUAAUUUGAUAUAUUUCUUUUGAUAAACUGUCGCUUUAUGUGUCAAAUAAAUGCACCUUAGGCAGAAAAAUAAGGAAGCAAGAAAGCUGCUCUUUGCUCUCUCUCU